AUGGAAUAUCAGUUACGUCAUCUAACAGAUACUUUAAAAACAUAUGAUGAAGAACAAGAAUGUAUCGAUUAUAUUUCAACUAUACUUCGACAAUCUCAGCCAUCGUCUGUUUAUUUUAUUUUAUCUGACAAAUUUUGCGACAAAAUCUGUCCUAUUAUUCAACAGCAGCAACAAAUCAAACCAUCAAUCUAUAUAUUUUCUCCUCGAAAUAUACCACUUACAUCUAUGCGUGAAGGAUCGGAAAAUAAACGUUAUCAAUACUUUCUUAGUCACAUCCGCCUUAUCCAGAGUCUAUCAAAAGAUCUUGAUACUGAAGAAAAAAUAUCAAUGAGUAUUUAUAUACAAGACAUGAAAAACGUUUCACUAAAAUAUUUAGAUAAAGAAAGUCAAACAUUUCUUCUGUAUCAAAAGUUAACUAUUACUUUUCUAGAACAUCAACGUAGCACAACAGCAACAGAUGAUUUUAUGAAUAUAUUUAAGCAAUAUAUGGAAAGAUACAUAGUCAAUCUCGAAGAUCCUCAUAUAUUUGAAGAUAUAAUACUAUGGUAUAAAUCUGAUACAUUUAUUUCUCAAUUAUUAAAUGAAGCAUUAAGAACAAAAAAUAUUAAUCUUUUAUAUAAACUUCGAUCCUUUAUUAUUAAUCUUAUGAUUAAAUUAUCUAAUCAACAUUCUAAUAUAUUAUUAGAUGAUAAUAAUCAAAUUUUAACAUCAUAUCGCAAACAGUGUAUGACAAAAGAAAAAUUAAUUAAACUAAAAGUGAAUGUUAAUCGAUUUUUAUCUAUAAAUGAAUUUUAUUUGACAACAAUUGAAAAACCAACUCAUAUUCUAGAGCAAUCAGAAUCAGCAGACAUGGAAUGUGUUUUAUUCCAAAUCGAUAUUGAUACAAGCACGGAAACGAUUCAUUCUUAUACUAUAAUUAAUAGUUAUAGAUCAGAAAUAUUAUUUGCCUUUGGAACAGUAUUUCAAAUACAUUCAGUUGCAUUGGAUACAAAUACUCAUAUAUGGAAUGUUAAAUUGGUCAUAAAUAAAGAAGUAGAAAAUCAAGUUAUAGAUUUGAUCGGUCAGUUAAGAGAUAAAUUUGGUUAUCCAUUUGAUUUUAUGACAAUGGGAGACCUGAUGGAUGACCUAGAAGAAUAUAAUAAAGCAAUCGAAUUUUAUAGAAUAUUUUUAAAUGAAACAUCUGAAGAUGAUGAAUAUAUUCCAAUGGCUUAUAAGCAUCUUGGGCUUAGUUAUUAUAAUAAUGCAUCCUAUACAGAAGCACUCGAAAAUUAUUACAAAACAUUGAUGCUUUAUCGGUCUCGAUCCAUUUCACCAUAUGAUAAACUGUUUGUUGAUAUAUAUAGACAUAUUGGGCUCGCAUAUUCUGCUCGACAUCAGUAUGCAAUAGCAAUCGACUAUUACGAAGAAGCGGUUCGAAUUCAGAAAACACAUUUGUCAUACAUGAGUACGACGGAUUUCACCCACGUUAUUGGUAUGGCGUACUCUGAAAUCGGUGAUAAACAAAAAGCUCUUGACUAUUUAAGUAGAACAGCAUUGAUAAAACAUGAAGAUUCGUCGUUUAUGAUGCUGUCCGAUGAUCCGUCGUUUAAAAAGACAAUCGAUUAUACCACUGCACUUGAGAGUUUUCAAAAAGUGUUAACACAUUUAUUAAACAAUAAGUCUUCAGAAACACAGCAAUUUGAUUAUGAUAUUGCAACGUUACAUUAUAAAAUCGGUGAAAUUUAUUUUAAAAUGGAAAAGUACGAGGAAGCAUUGAAUCAAUUUAAAAAUGGUGUUGAUAUUUAUUUAAAUCUAUUUCCAUUAACUCUUUCUAAUCUUGUAAGAAACUAUGAUACAAUAACAGAUACGUCAAUUCUAAUUUUACAGAAUUAUCUUUCUGAACAUGAAUUUCAUUUUCGAAUGAUACCACUUCGUUAUUCAUUACUUGCUAAAACUUAUGAUUAUAUGGCAACAACUUAUUUUUUAGACUCCGAACAUAUUGAAACUACUUUGAGUAUAUAUAAAUUGUCUACUGCAGUUGAAUCGAUUCAACAAGAUUAUUAA